AGGAAGAAAGAAACGAUGGAAGGAAAUGGAAGACUUUAGGACUGUCAGGGCAGGGAAAGGGAGAGAAGCUCCAAUGAACCUUAUGUCUGCUUUCCUCACAGAUGAGGACUGUAAGAAAUACCUGAAGAAGAAGGAGCAGGAGGAAGCAGAGAAGCCCUUGCAGGUGCCCGCAGUGGACAGCAGCAUAGCUCAAACAUCUGAGCUGGCGGGCAUCACCACUCUGGAUGACCCUUUGGGACAAAUGCCAGAAAUGUUCGAUGCCUUCAUCUGCUACUGCCCCAGCGACAUCCAGUUUGUCCAUGAGAUGAUUCAGCACCUGGAACAGACAGACUGCCACCUGAAGCUGUGCGUGUCUGAUCGGGACGUCCUGCCUGGCACCUGCGUUUGGUCGAUCACCAGCGAGCUGAUUGAGAAGAGGUGUCGCAGGAUGGUCGUCGUAGUUUCAGAUGAAUAUCUGCAGAGCAAUGAAUGUGACUUCCAGACCAAGUUUGCCCUUAGCCUGGGUCCAGGUAAGCAUCCCUUGGGACCUGCCUGAGAGAGGAGCUUUCUGGUUUCUGGGAGCAUGGGGCACAGAACCAGGAUUGAGGAGAGACAGACAGACAGGGAGGGAGAA